CAGCAAGAGAGAGAAGAGGAGUCUCCUGCAGGCACGGGGGGGUGGAGUGGGGGCUAGGCCGAGCUGAAGGGGAGAGUGAGUGAAAGAGGGAAGGAAGAUCACGAGACUGCAGCUGUGUAGAGCACUGAGCUCCGAUCCUGAGUAAGCCUGACUGCUUCUCCUCCGGACCACAUCACAACGCGCUACCCAUCGCCAGAACCCAUCCUCUGCUGACUGCACAGAGCAGCCCUAUCCACCCAGCCAGCUGCAGCCAUGAACUUCCUCAGACGACGGCUCUCUGACAGCACCUUCAUAUCCAACCUCCCCAACGGGUACCUGAGUGACCUGCAGCGGCCAGAGCCCCAGCCCCCGCCCCCUGGGGCGGCCCCCACCACGUCCCCCACUCCGGAGCAGAAACCUGCACCCCCCCUGUCCUCUGGCUUCUUCAGCUCCAUCACCAGUGCGGUCAAACAGACCGUGGCCACAGCGUCCGCCAGCCUGAGCGAGCAGGUGGGGGGUGUGCAAGAAGCAGGGGAACCAACAGAGAAACCGGCAGCCUCGCCAGAGAAACCGGUGGUCACAUCGGAGAAACCGGUGGUCACAUCGGAGAAACCGGCAGCCUCGCCAGAGAAACUGGUCACGUCAGAGAAACCAAUAGCCUGUUCGGAGAAACCAGGGGCCAAAUCAGAGAAAACGGUGGUCUCAUCGGGGAAACCGGUGGUCUCACCGGAGAAACCGCUGGCCAAAUCAGAGAAACCAGUGGUCUCAUCGGAGAAACCGGUGGCCAAAUCAGAGAAAUCGGUGGUUUCAUCGGAGAAACCGGUGGCCAAAUCGGAGAAACCGGUGGCUACAUUAACAGGGCAGAAGCAAGCCCCCAUAAUGCAGCCCAGGAAGGUGAGGAUUGUGCUGGUCAUCGAUGAGCCGCAGCAGGACUGGUCCAAAGUGUUCAGAGGGAAAAAACAAGGAGACUAUGACAUUAGAGUGGAACAGGCGAUGUUCUCAGAGAUCACCAUAGUGUCGCACACCACUGGUCGUGUGGACUUGCAGGUUUUCCGGAAUGGGACCAAAGUGGCCAGAUCGUUCAAGCCAGACUUUGUUUUGGUACGACAACACGCCUUCAGUAUGACAAAAAAUGAAGAUUUUCGUAACCUGAUCAUCGGUCUGCAAUACGCUGGCAUCCCGAGCAUCAACUCUCUCAAGUCCAUCUACAACCUCUGUGACAGACCCUGGGCGUUUGCCCAGCUGAAGAAACUGGGGCCUGAGAACUUUCCACUGAUUGAACAAACAUUCUACCCUAAUUAUAAAGAGAUGGUGACAGCGCCCACGCUCCCGGUGGUACUGAAGAUCGGACAGGCAUACUCUGGGAAAGGGAAGGUGAAGGUGAACACACACAAUGACUUUCAGGACAUGGCCAGUGUCGUCGCUCUCACACACACCUACACCACCACUGAGCCCUUCAUCGACUCAAAGUACGACAUCAGAGUUCAGAAGAUAGGCAGUGACUACAAAGCUUAUAUGAGAACCUCCAUCUCUGGGAACUGGAAGACUAACAGUGGCUCUGCUAUGCUGCAGCAAGUAGCCAUGAGAGAACAGUACAAACACUGGGUGGACACCUGCUCAGAGAUCUUCGGUGGUUUAGAGAUAUGUGCAGUGAAAGCCAUUCAUGGUAAGGAUGGGAGAGAUUAUAUCACAGAGGUGUUGGGUUCAUCAAUGCCUUUGAUUGGAGAUAACCAGGAAGAGGAUAGACAGCUCAUUGCUGAUCUAGUCAUGUCCAAAAUGAACCAACGAGCAGCAAGGGCCCCAGCACGACCUCCUGUGAGGCCAACAACUGUCCAACCACAACAGGCUAUCCCCCCAAAAGAGCUCCACAACAAGGUCCCAGCUCAGCAUCCAUCAGCUCAAGGUCAAACCCAACAAAAGCAACCUGACUCCUCCACUAACCAUACCCCCAUCAUAGCCUCUGUCACACCCAAGGACCCCACCCUUAUUCUGGACCAAACCCCCAUCCCUGUGCAGGACCCUGACCUUAUUCUGGACCCAACCCCCAUCCCCAUACAGCACCCCAACCUUAUUCUGGACCCUACCCCCAUCCCCGUACAGGACCCUGACCAUAUUCUGGACCCAACCCCCAUCCCGAUACAGGAACCCAACCUUAUUCUGGACCCUACCCCCAUCCCCAUACAGGACCCCAAACUUAUUCUGGACCCAACUCCGGUCCCUGUACAGGACCCCAACAUUAUUCUGGACCCAAUUCCCAUCCCAAUACAGGACCCCAGCCUUAUUCUGGACCCAACUCCCAUCCCCGUACAGGACCCUGACCUUAUUCUGGACCCAACCCCCAUCCCUGUAGAGGACCCCAACCUUAUUCUUGACUCCACCCCCAUCCCAGUAGAGGACCCCAGCCUUAUUCUUGACUCUGUCCCUGUUGCUAGCCAGGAUCCUACCCCUAAUCUAGACUCCACCUCCACUCCAGUCCCCAUCCCUAUCACUGACAAGGAACCUACCACAAUUCUGGACACCACCUCUAUCCUGACCCCUACCCCUGCUGAAGAUCCAACUCUUAUUCUAGCUCUGACCCCAUUUCCCACCACUGCUCCUGUUUCCCUCCCCGUCCUUACCCCUAUCGAUGACCCUACUCCUGUUCUUGCCCCCACUGCUGUCCCUGUCCCAACAACUCAGCAGCCUCAGCCUCGAGGGCAGGCAUCACCUGCUCCAGGUAAACCAGAGGAUCAACUCCCAAAAGCCUUUCCUCCAAAACCACUACCUCCCAAACCCAUUCCCCCAGUACGGCGGAAUUCCAAACCUCAGCUGCAGCCAAAGCCGCAGCUCUCGCCUAAAGUCCAGCCAAGGCCCCAGAUUAAGCCACAGGAUCAGUACCCAUCUCAGGCAGAGGGUCAGUCUGAACCCCAGGCACAACCCCAGAUCCAACCCAAACCUCCAGUCCAGGCUAAACCACAAACUUAUCCCAAACCCCCAACCUCACCUAAACCCCAGAUCCAACCGAAACCUCAGGCCCCACCCGAGCCUCAGCUCCAGAUUCAGGUCCAGGACCAAUGUGGAACCCCACCCCAGGCUGGGCCUAAGCCUCAGACCCAGCCUAAACCUCAACCCCAGGCCCAGCCUAAACCCCAAACCCAAGCUGGGCUUAUACCUCAAGCCCAACCUAAGACCCAGACUCAGGCCCAGCCUAAGCCACCAGUUCAGCUUGACCCAGAGGCCCAAGCCCAACCUGAGCACCAGGCACAACCUAAUCCUCAGGCCCAGCCUAAACCCCAAGCCCAGCCUAAUCCUCAGACCCAGCCCAAGUCUCAGGCCCUGCCUAAGCUCCAGGCUCAACCUAAAACCAUGUCCCAGGACCAGGUUGAGCCUCCUACUGGGCAGCAGACAACAGGGCAGGAGACACCAUCCCAUCCACAGCUGAAUAAAUCUCAGUCCUUGACCAAUGCCUUCAACUUUGGGGACAUGUCCUUCUUCCGCUCGAGCAGUGAAGAUGCUGCCAAGGCUGACACUAUUCGAAACCUACGCAAGUCUUUCGCAAGCCUCUUCUCCGACUAGCCUCAGGCGGGCAGAACCUGACCUGGAGAAAAAUGUGUUUAAAUGAAGAGUGUUCUGGUCCUAAACUGAUUAUAUAUUCAUAUUCAUUGCCUGCUUUGGCCCAUAACUGUGUGUCAGUUAGACAUAUUGGCUGUGCUGUUGUUGUUCUGAUACUACACCAAACUCUGGCAACUCUGAGAGAAUUCUGAGAGAAAAGAUCAGAGGUGAAGUUGCAUAGCAGGUGAAGCUGUUAAACUCCUGAGUGGUGUCACCCUUAGAUGUUGUAGCCUGAUUGUGAAAGUGUGUUUAACCUCAGGCAAAGUGCUGUGAUUGGUGAUCAGUAACCCAUGUUUUAAUUCAUGUUGUAUGUAGAUCAAGUCAGGUACCUUUCGUUCCAUGAGACACUGGCAUUGGUUUCGAUAUGAUAUAAUGCAAGAUGUAAAGAAUGAAAAAGUUUAUGCAGUGUCCCCGUAGUGCCAAACGUGAGCAGAUUAACAAUGCUAUGGCCUAAUGACCCCCAUACUGUGGCCACACUGGCCUACUGAGCCUCAUACUGUGGCCACACUGGCCUACUGAACCCCAUACUGUGGCCACACUGGCCUACUGAACCCCAUACUGUGGCCACACUGGCCUACUGAACCCCAUACUGUGGCCACACUGGCCUACUGAACCCCAUACUGUGGCCACACUGGCCUACUGAGCCCCAUACUGUGGCCACACUGGCCUACUGAACCCCAUACUGUGGCCACACUGGCCUACUGAACCCCAUACUGUGGCCACACUGGUCUACUGAACCCCAUACUGUGGCCGCACUGGCCUACUGAACCCCAUACUGUGGUAAUAUGUGGAGUCUGGCCAUCCCCAGAUAUGCCUACUUAUCCCUGAGAACUGAAAUCUCUUCACUGUUUAAAUAUAGAAUCUUGACAUGUUGUGUACUGUCGAGUUUAUUUUGUGGAGCAAUUUUUGUGGUUCUGUUUUAUAUGUUUAUAAGUAUACAUUUUACUUGGUGAUUAAUUUGUAUGCAAAACUGCUUUGCAUGAUCUAGUGAUAACUGUCUAUUGUACAGUCAAUAAAUAUGUAAUGCAUCA